AUGCCUAAAACUCCACCACCGAACAUAAAUGCUUUAGUAGAAGGUACCCCAAUAGCUGACAUAGCUGGAAUGCCUCUGGAAGAGGCUAUCAGUCUACUGAUGAGACAAUUAGCUGAAGCCAGAGAACAAGCGGACCGCCUGAGGGCCGAGAAAGAAAAUACCACUAAUGUUGAGGCUAGGAAACCUCCACCCACUUUCCCAAAUCUAGAUUUACCAAUUCCCGAUCAUUUCCCUCAAACCCAUAUUGGGGCUACCUUUCAGACUCCACUGCACCAAAAUACCACCCAUGUGGGGAGUUCCUCCCACCAUACCCUAACUUUUCAAACACCAACUCGCACUACAAACGCAAAUGCUUAUCAAGCCCCUCAGGCAACUGGAGUUCCAGUGACCCAUCCCGUACAACCAAAUGUCACUUUUGAAGAUCAUGUCACCCAUAGUGACUCUUUGCCAGAAUUGGAAAACAUGAAAAUGUUCUUCGAAGCAAGAAUAGACAAAAUAGAGAAGGAGAUGGGGAAGAAAAUUGUCGAGCUGGAACAUGGCUCUAAGAAGAAAGAAGGGUUGAGGUACUCUGACCUGUGCAUCCAUCCAAACUUAGGUCUGCUUGAAAGUUUCAAAAUUCCCAAAUUUGAUCGCUUCAAUGGGUCGGGUAACCCCAGAGCCCACUUAAGGGCUUACUGCGACCAAUUGGUUGGAAGUGGCGGAAAUGAAGCCCUGCCCAUGAGGUUGUUUAGUCGAAGCCUGUCAGAAAUGACUAUGGAAUGGUUCAUUUCUCAAGAUAUUAGCCGGUGGAAAACAUGGGAAGAAAUGGCAAGUUCAUUCAUGGAAAGAUUCCACUUCAAUGUGGAACAUGUACCUGAUUGCUUCUCAUUGGAUAAAAUUCGUCAGAAAUCGACUGAGAAUAUGCUAGUCGCUGGAGAGAUAAAGCGGCACGUGUAUAACCUCCUAUGA